ACAUCGCGUAGCGCUUCUCCAAGCGACGUCAAGAUUCUCAUUAUCCUUGGUCCACUUCCUCAACUGUUGCAAUUUACGUCUAAUAUAGAAAUUCUCGAGAAAAAUGGUAGUACCGGCGGUGUAUCCCUCUCGCUACCACUCCAACACUUCUCCCUCCGGUCGCCGCGCAAAUUUUCUUCACUUCUUCUUCAUAUAUCAAGCCCUCUUUCUCUCUCACAUUGUACCCCAAUUUCCAGCCAGAUUCUCUUCAACAUGGUAUCCCUUCCCUUUGGAGCAGCGGUUGGAAAACCCUCCCCUGAUACCCUCCCAACGCAUCGCGGUCGCCGCCGCAGUGAUGCUUCUUUCUGGAGGGUCGCAGCCCUUCGUACUUGGCUUAUCUGCUCCCUCAUCGUUCUUGCCCUCGUGGUUACCACUGGUAUGAUGUGGGCCUUGACCGGUUCAUGGGGUCUUGAAGGGCCCCAGCCUCGUGUUUCCUCCGCCGGUUUUGCGCUGGCUUCGACUGCGCCUCCCGCCUCCGCCGCCGCUUCAGGUCCGAUUCCGUCGUUUGAGCGGAGGGAUCAUUGGGAGCGGAAGCACCCCAAGCCACACAAUGCGGACUCGCCGUAUCUGGGAAGUAUGGUCCGCGACUCUAUCGACUCUAUCGCGAUGCAGGCCUCGGCGCCUACGCAAACCUCGUUGGAGACAGUCAGGGUGAGCAAUGCCCAGCCGACGACGACAAGUCCCUCUACGCCCGAGCCCGAGGUCCCGGAUGCGCCAACCGUAAACCAUCCCGCCAUCACAGCUCCUCGUCCGCCACCCGCGCCUCCCGUCCCAACAGUCCCCAUCCUCAAAGUCCUGGGCCCACCGUCUUCCAACCCGCUCCUCUCCCCAGAUGAUAAAGCCAUCAUCGCGGACGUAAAAGAAGCCGCUGAGCAAGCCAUCUCCGAAGCCCAGGACGACUCAAACGGCUUCAACCUUACGCAGACGUACUCAGAGGAAUGGGACACACACAGCCGCGAGUGGACGCACCUCACCUCCCCCCAGUCCGGCCCCCAUCCCCGCCCCGCCUCCCCAGCAUCCUCCCCACCCUCGCUCCCCGCCCGCUCCGCCCUCCCCCCGCCCUACAAGCCCGCCCACCCCAUCAUCCAAUACAUGCUCCCCUGCCCCACCUCCCCCUACGCCAACUACACCCCCAGCACGCCCCUGCACCCAUACCUCCCAACCUGCGCGUGGUUCGCGGCGCGCUGCCCCCCGGGGAAACCCUUCACCGUGUUCCCGAGCGGCCCCAGCUACCUGUGGGACUACAAUUGCUUUACGCAGACCUUCGAGCAGGCGACGCGGACGGGCGGCAUGUCGCUGUUCGGCGAGACGAGCUUCGAGAAGUUCCUGGUCCGGCACACGCUGAAGGACGAGAUGUCGAUGCGGAUGCUGGGGCCCGUGGAGGUGGGCGAUUGGAUGGGCUGGGAGUAUGAUGAGGGCGGGUAUUUGGAGGGGUAUCGCUGGUUGAAGGGUGUGGCGAUUGGGUAUCCGCAUCCGUGGGGGAUGGUGGGGAAGUCGCCGGGGGUUGGGGGGUGGGAGAUUGAGGGGAAGGGGGAGGAUUGA